AUGGGCCGGAUACUUCAGCCAGAGUCUAGCGUUGCGAGGUCUCGCUCGUACGAGCGGUGGAGACAGCGGACGACAAGUCCGAGAGACAGCGGACCAAGGAAGGACCAACCUGGAGGAGAAGCACAUGCUGUGAGAAGAACGAACACGAAGCUAAACGAAGACACACGCCAGGGGAACGAGAGGGAACGGGUCGUUACUAGUGUCCGAGAUGAGUUCGGUGGACGGUACGAUCGACAGCCCGAGCAGAAGCCAGGCAAGGAACGUUCAUCAACAACACAACAGGUUCCACGCUACUCUCCGAUGCCUAUUCCAGUAGUCGAAGAACCAUCUACGCCAACGUCGGUAGGCCACACAAGUAUACCGAAGGUACCGUCGGCUUCCGGCAACGCUGCUCGACCGAGAACUAGCUCAGCGCCACUAUCUCCUAUUUCACAAAUCCGAAAUCCACUCAAGUUGCCUAGCUCAUCCGUAUCAAGUCUGAACAAGGGCGAGUAG